AUGGAGAAACACAACCCCGAAGCUUCUGCUGCUGCCGGCCAGUUGUCACCAGCAGCCCGUGAUAUGGAAAAGCAGCCAGACGAGCCCCAACAGAAACACUCUGCAUUCAAGAAACUAGGAAUACUUGAUCAGUUUCUGGCAUUAUGGAUCUUCCUUGCCAUGGCAAUAGGAAUUAUCCUGGGCAACUUUGUUCCCAAUACUGGGCCUGCUUUACAAAAGGGAAAGUUUGUGGGGGUUUCUGUUCCAAUUGCUGUUGGCCUUUUGGUUAUGAUGUAUCCGAUUCUUUGCAAAGUCCGGUAUGAAACAUUGCAUCAUGCUUUUCGGACUCGUCAGGUUUGGAUCCAGAUUGCCUUUAGCAUCGUUAUCAACUGGAUUAUUGCUCCAUUCUUUAUGCUAGCAUUGGCUUGGGCCUUUUUGCCCGAUGAACAAGAGCUGCGGCAGGGAUUGAUUCUUGUUGGAUUAGGGCGAUGUAUUGCCAUGGUCCUGAUAUGGACUGGGUUAGCAGGUGGUGACGGCGAAUAUUGCGCCAUCCUAGUUGCCAUAAAUUCUCUUCUUCAAAUGGUGCUGUUCGCCCCACUGGCUAUCCUCUGCAUCACCGUAAUCGACGGCGACUCUACCCAAUUCAAAUACUCCACUGCUGCUCAAAGCGUUGCCGUGUUUCUUGGAAUUCCUCUGGGCGCCGCAGUGCUCACGCGUUUCACCCUUCGGCGGCUAAGUCCGCGGUGGUACGAUGAAGUGUUUCUCAAAUGGGCCAGCCCAUGGUCUUUGAUCGGUCUUUUGUUCACCAUUUUGAUCCUGUUCGCUUCGCAGGGCCGUCAAGUGGUGCAUCAAAUUGUCUCUGUGGUCCGUGUCGCAGCGCCGCUCAUUGUCUAUUUUGCCAUCAUCUUCUUUACCACUCUCUUCAUCGCAUACAAGAUGGGAUUUGGCUACAAGUUGGCAGCAACACAGAGCUUCACCGCAGCGAGCAACAAUUUUGAACUGGCUAUUGCUGUUGCUGUUGCCACGUUUGGGGCCGAUAGUAAUCAGGCUCUGGCGUCCACUGUCGGGCCAUUAAUUGAGGUGCCGGUGCUGUUGGGACUUGUGUACGCCGUGAAAUUUGUGGCGAAGAGAUUGAAUUGGCACGAUUAG